AUGACUUCUCCCGAAAUAAUCGGUGCAUCGGUCGCUGAUUUCUUUGAGAAACCACGUCGUGGAUCUUUUUAUAGUUACUAAUAUUGCAAGUGAUGGAUUAACUGCGGUUUCAGUUACAAAUCCACAUCGAAGGUUUUCCAGUUAUUCAUUUUUUCAUGAUCUAUGGUGGAUAAUUUUAUAAUUUUUGUAGAUUUCAAAUAAUGGAUGAUGAAUUGGCUGCUGCUCGAGGCGAUUCUUCUGGAAGACCACGAGAAUUUCAUUCAAGAUCUUCUGCGUUAGAUGUAUGUAUCUAUAAAGUAUCUGUAAUUACUGUACAAAUUUUAAUUGCAGACUCUUCGAGACAUUGAACUUGAUGGAAAAACAUUUGCAAUAACUGGAACAACUUCAGGAAUUGGAAUUGAAACAGCUCGAGCACUAGCGCUCAAAGGAGCUCAUGUUAUUAUGUUCAAUCGAAAUAUCGUGAUGUCAGAAAAUUUGAAAAAGAAAAUUCUCGAAGAAAAACCAGAUGCGAAGAUAGAUUUCAUCAGUUGUGAUUUGAAUUCUUUGCAAUCUGUGAAAGCGGCAGCAGAUGAAUAUCUCAAUAAACAUUGGUAAAAAAAGAGGAAUGUUUUCAACAGAAAAAAAAAACUAUUUUUAGGCCAUUGCACGGUUUGAUUUUGAAUGCUGGAGUUUUUGGGCCAACUACAAAAAUGACAUUUGACAAUUUUGAGGCGCAUUUUGGAAUCAAUCAUGUUGCUCAUUUUCUGGUAAGAAAAAAAUUGCAGUUUUUUGAGACCAAAUAUGGCUACAGUAAACCUUGCAGUUUAGGUUACUGUAACUCCGACAAGUUUGUUUUUUUAUCAAUUAGAAAAUUUACAGCUUUGCCGUGAAUUAUUGCCAGCUCUCAGACAAUCAUCACCUUCAAGAAUCGUAUUUGUUUCAUCGCUUUCAAGUUCUCACACUGGGGUAAUCCAAUCAAAAAAAAAAAAUAAAACCCCCCCCCCCAAAAAACAUCAUUUUUUCUCCAGAUAAAAUCGAAUUUGAGUACAAGUGAAAAAGUGAAAAAGGUUAUGUCCUCUGGAUUCUUCCGAAUUUCAUUAUCGACUUUAUGCAUAUUCAAAAAUGUGCAAUGUUUUAACCGCUUUCAAACUUCAUCGCGAUGAAUUCGUCGCCAACGGAAUCAGCACUUAUGCAGUUCAUCCAGGAACAAUGAUCGGAACUGAUAUCGCAAGAGGAUACGGUGUUUUGGGCAAAUUCUUCAAUAUCAUUUCAAAACCUUUCACAAAAUCAUUAGCACAAGGAGCUGCAACAAGUGUCUAUUGUGCAACUCAUCCAGAUGUUGCUGAAUUAUCUGGAAAAUUCUGGGAAUCUUGUUGGGAUGAUGAGAAAUCAUUGGAUGCAGAUGUGGCGAGAGAUAUUGCACUUCAAGAUGCGCUUUGGGAACAUACUGAAGUAUUGAUUGAUGAUUGGUUGAAAACUCAGAAACCAAUAUCAACAAUUGUAUCGGAACCAAUUGAGGAAGAGCAGAAUUCGGAAUAA